AUGGCUGAUACCAAUAUGAAGACCUCGCCUGAGGAAGAGAUGGUCGAGCACGUUGAGAGCUCGAGAUGCGCAAAGCCGUUCCAUCUGCACAGUCUCGGCCAUGUACGUCUUCGCCACGAGCACACCAACGAGAUUAUCUUGAUACCGGCUCCGUCACUCGAUCCGAACGAUCCUCUAAGAUGGAACGUCACAGCUACUGAGACGCCUCUUAGGUCCACCCCGUACAAGAUCUAUAUCGCCACCCUUGUUUCGCUCGCGAUGGUCAUGUGUAACUUCAUGGCUGCCGGGCCGACAGUGGCGAUGGUUCAGAUAGCCACCGAGUUCAGAGAAGGGGGCGGCACCACACUGAACGACUGGGUUAGCCGGGCCUCAUACUUCUUCAACAACAGCGCGCUCAUGCAGGGGGUCUCGACGCUGUUCUGGGUGCCGCUUCUCAACAAGUAUGGUCGACGGCCGAUCUACAUCGGCUCGUUCAUUCUGUAUUUCUUCAUGAUCCUUGGAGCAGGACUCGCAAAGACCUAUGCGGGCGAGAUCACCACGCGGACCGUCUUGGGUAUCGGGGCGGGUGCAGGCGAGUGUCUGGCCCCAGUCACUAUCUCUGACGUGUUCUAUCUGCAUCAGCGAGGUUACGGCAUGGCGAUUUACAACGCCGCCCUGAGUGCGGGUGUUGCCUUUGGCAUCAUCAUCGCAGGUCUCGUCACCAUCAACCACGACUGGAGGGCCAUUUAUUUCGUCGGCUGUGCCCUCGUUGGAGCGCUCACCCUCGUUACAUUCCUCUUCUUCCCAGAGACCGCCUACAGGCGCGUCGGCAAUCCACUGGUUGAACAGUCUCUGGACCUCCAAAAACAGUCAGAUCCUCACAGCGCCAGCUUAGAAUGCGCCUCCGUCCCACGGAUUCCGCCCAAGAAGACUUACCUCCACAAUCUACGGCUCUGGUCGGGUGAAACGUACACGGAGGAGUCCUUUUGGCGGAUGUUCAUCCGUCCGUUUGGACUCAUCCUCGUCCCGCCUGUCUUCUGGGCGACCAUCGUCAUGUCAGUGACCAUUGGAUUCCUAGUGGCUGUGGUCUCAAACUUUGCCACGGCAUUCAGCACCACCUACGGCUUUGAAGCGUGGCAGUCUGGCCUCUGUUUCAUAUCCGGCAUGUUGGGCUGCUUCUUAGGGACCUUUGCCGGCGGUCCCUUCUCGGACUGGGUGGCAGACUACUUCACCAGACGGAACGGGGGCAUUCGCGAACCUGAAAUGCGGUUGCCGGCGAUUAUCCCCAGUGUUAUUGCUGCGCCGCUAUCUCUUGUUCUGUACGGCUGCGGCAUCGCCAAUGCGUGGCAUUGGAUGGUGCCUACCGUCGGCCUAGGCUUAUUAUCCUUUGCCAUCACCCAAGGAACCAACGUCUCCUUCGUCUACUGUAUUGACUCCUUCCGCCCCGUCGCGGGUGAGGUGACAGUUACGCAGCUGGCUUUCAAAGCGUGCUUUGGAUUCCUCCUCUCCUUCUACACUAACCCUUGGAUAAACGAAUCUGGUUAUGAGGCUGCGUUUGGCGCUAUGGCGGGCAUCUCAGGGGGUUGUCUCCUGUUCUUCAUCCCGCUCUUUUUCUGGGGCAAGUCCAUCCGACAGGCUGCUACCAAGUGGCCAUUCCUACAGUUUGUGUUCUGGAAGGAUGAUCGGGAAGUUGGGGAAUAG